UAAUGCCAUAGUUACUGUUAUCAGACAACUGAGGGACAUUAAAGGGACCCAUAAAACACCAGCUUUCAAAUAUAAUCAGGCCAGUGCAAAUAACUGUUAGCCUCCAAAACAUGCUAAGAAUAUUAAGCAAAAUCAUCAGCUGAAUCUUUCACAACAGUAAGUGGUAAAUAUUGGCACUCCCCCAGAGCAAAAAUUCAUCAGCUUUUCAAAAUUCAUUCCCUUCGGGCCAGGUGGGAGACAGAGAUUAGGAGGAUCAUGGUUCAAAAAACCCAUCCUAACCACAAGAAUAAAAGCAGUGUGGUAGCAUAUGUCUGUCAUCUCAGAUGCUCCAUAGAGGUGUAGGUGGAAGGAUAUCGAGCCAGGCUAACAAGGGCAAAAAAAUGCAAGACACUUUCUGAAAAAUAACUAACGCAAAGAGAGCUGGGAGUAUCACUCAAGUGGUAAAGCACCUGUCUAGCAAGCAUGAGAUCCCAAUUUCAAUUCCCCAGUAUCAUCUUUCCAAAGAAGAAAAUGAACUCUGUGCCAUUAGCAAUAAAUAAAGCCACUGACAUGAUUCCAGUGAGCUUUCUGACUAGAAGCAUGGGAACAAGAUACUUGGAGGCCGCUCAUUCAGAAGCUACCAGAAACAACCACUUAUCUAUGAGCGCCUCACCACUGUGGACACUUAAGUGGAAUUAUUUUUUAAUUAGUUCAGAUAAGACUUUAAGAAUUAAAUAAUUGUGGUUCUCAGGGAAGCACUGCCCUGAGCUACUGAGUCCUGGUGAUCUGGUCCCCUGCGACCCAGAUUGGCUCCGCCUUAGGCAUCCAGGGCUGCAAGCUGGAAGAUGGUGGGGACCCAGGAGGUCUGAUUAAGGUGAUCCAUGUACUGGUCUUGCCAGGUGCCUGGGGCAUGCAAAUCUGGGUGACCUUCGCCUCAGGCUUCCUGCUCUCCCGAAACCUUCCUUGACAUACCUUCAGCCUUGUGCAAAGCAAGUUCUUCCCUUUCUAUUUUUACAUCUCCAUGGGCUGUGCCUUCACCAAUCUUCACAUCUUGGCUCCUCAGCGUGCCUGGGUUGAGCUUACAUUCUGGGAGGCCAGCCAGCUCUGCCUGCUACUCCUAAGCCUCACUUUGGCCACCAUCAAUGCCCGCUGGCUGGAGCCCCACAUCACGACUGCCAUGUGGGCCCUGCAGGCCAUGGAAAAGGAGUGGGGCUUGGGCAGGGAGGUACCCGGCAGCCAGCAGGGCCCCAACCCCUACCGCCAGCUGCAAGAGAAAGACCACAAGUACAGUGCCCUCCGCCAGCAAUUCUUCCACUAUCAUGGACUGUCUACUUUCUGCAACUUGGGCUGUCUAGUGAGCAAUGGGCUGUGCCUCAGGAGCCUGCAGCAUGGGCCCUGUGAGUAAAUAAAUGCUUCUUUGAAAAUGAAAAAAACAAAAACACAAAAAAGAAGAAUAUAGUUGUUUC